AUGACGGAGUAUUGGCUUGCAAGUGAGAACGAUGCUCAGUUCCAAGAAGUAGUCUUGUGUCAUCUCCGUGACAAUAACAAGAUUGUCGUUGACCAGUCCCCAGAGAGAAAAAACGGAGACAAUGACAUCGUCCCAGAGCAGCCACAACAAGAGAACAGCGAUGACAACAACAAUAUGUUUGACAACAAUAGACUCCUUGAACAACGGCCACUGAUUCCUCCUUUUGAAGCUGAUGAUUCAAGAUUUUCAGUUCAAUACAUGACCCCUUCUGGUGAAGGACAGGGAUUGGGACUUCAAACCAUUAUGGGAUAUUCUGAUAAGGCCACUCAAGAACAACAACAUCCACCGAUUUCUCUUCCUCCUCAACGUCAAGAUUCCGGAAGGAUAAACAACGCACUUGUAACCAUGGAAGAUGAGUGUGUUAACCAAGAUGAAAUAUUCAAUCUAGCUGACCUGGAAGCCGGCAUCACUCAUCCACAACAACAACAUCGUCAGAUGAUGAUGGAUCCUGUUGCAGGCUGGAAAUCAGGGAUGGCAAAAUGGUUGAUGGAAGCUUGA